AUGAGGGCGGUAAGCUUUGUCAAACGCAUACAAUGGGACCUUCCUGGGACUGUGUUCAGACAUGGGAUGUCCAUCGGAGAUGUUGACAAUGACGGUGACAAUGAAUUGGUUGUUGGGACUGCAGAGGGAGAGCUAUAUAUAUUUAAAGGGUCAGAUUUAUGGCAGAAGAUAACAGGCUUGGGUCUGAUUACUAGUCUUACAAUAGGAGAUAUUUUCAACUAUGGCAGAAACGCUUUGGUCGUAAUUUGUGGAGAUGGUUGGGUCCACAUAUUCUACAGCCCUCGUCCGGUUAAUCCUACAAUAUCUCUCAGCUCACCGGGAAUUCCACCUGCGAUAAAAGAGUUCAUACCUCAAGAACAAUCCGGACCAACGGUUACCGUUGACGUAGCAACAGGCAUGGGCAGUAUGAUGAACUCAAUGAGUUCUGAUCAGUUGGAUAGCGGGGGCGAAACUAAUGAACCCUCGGGAAAAAUGGAGUGCGUUUAUGUACAGAGGAUACCUACGAAUACGAAAGUGGUGCUCCUUGCAGAUAUUGACAAAGACGGGGCUAUGGAAUUGAUCCUAGGUCUUACUGAUCGCGUAGUCAGGUCGUACAGAUGGUCCAGUAACGCGGAACUUGGAACCGGGAGGCUGGUUGGACUUAACAAAUGGGAAUGCACCGAUCAAAUCGGUACGGUAACUUUGCAGCACACGGGUGACGGAACACCAACUUUGCUGGUCGCACAGCCUGGCGGGACUUUUAUGAGGAUAAAAUGUAACCCUGAAGAGUCUAAUUUCAACGAUUCGGACUCUUCGAUAACGAACAGUGAGGUGGCAGCGAGUUGCGUCGACUACCAGACCUUGGGUAUAUCCAGAAUGAGAAAUCCGAACAUUUCAACCGAAAUUCUUGGAGACUUAGAGCCCAGUAAGGAAGAGUUUGUAUCGCCUUUGGAAUGUGAGACAUUGAGGUUUGCGGGUAAAAUUAUAUCGGAAAAGGAACAGAUUCUCUCAGACGAUCGCCAGCUGAGUACCGGUGAGCUAAAAGCGUCGUCGUUAGAAUUUGAGCGAAAUUAUUCGCUGCUAGAAAUGCGAAAAUCCAGUCUCGACGCUACCGGUAAUUACGGUAAAAAGGAAAUCCUCGAAAAAGAUAAUAAACCCGUCAGGUUUUACACCAAGCUCGCUACACAGGACAUUGACACUGUUGACGGCAACCUUGUCGGCGGUAAUGUUGUUCUUGGAGAGUUUGACAUCAAGCCAGAUAAGAAGUCGAUUCUUCCAACACAUAGGGAUUUUUCACCAUCUCUCGACUAUCAUACCGAAAACUAUAACGAUCCCGAUACAAAAGAGCGCAGCCCCGGAUGCGAGCGGCGUGAUUCUGGCGAAAAAACUAAUAAGGGUAAGCCUUACGCUCUCGCUACUUUAGAUGGGACAAUUAUGCUCGUUCAGGAUGAAGUAAUUUUAUGGGCUAUGCAGGUGGACCACCAAAUAUUCGCACUCUGUCAAUUAGACGUUACCGGUGACGGAACGGACGAGAUAGUUGCAUGCGCGUGGGAUGGACAGACCUACAUACUCGACCAACAAAAGCACAGUGUCCGUUUUCAAUUCGAGGAACCAGUUAGGGCUUUUUGCACGGGCAAAUAUAGCAUCGCUACGGGAUCUUCAAGUCCCUGUCUAGUGUACAAUACUUUUCACAACAAGAUCUUUUUGUAUUACGACGUUAUUCUUCCGAGCAUGGUAGUCAGUGCGCUCGACCCGCUAGAAGAACUUGACGAAGAAGAGAAGCUGAUCUUGGAUGACCUGAUAAGCAAGAAUGUGGGCAACGGAAUUUCUAAAGAACAUAAGAUGCAAAUAUUUACGGAAUGGCUGCUGUACGGGACGGGUUAUUUGUGAAAGGUAUAUAUCAGCUUUGAUCACGUUAAAAAAGAAUAUAAUGUAUGCGUACUUUGGUGCAAUUCUGAAAUAGAUCAUUAUUUACUUGUUA